CCUUGCAUGAACCGUGGGCUGUCUGUCGUCUGAGUUUUGAAGUGGGAUAACAAUGGUAACCCACCUUCGGGAUGUAAGGAUUCAAUGAGAUCACAGACACGAGGCAGUUAGCACAGGAUCUGGCACAGCGUGAAGCCUUCAAUAAAUUGUUACUACUGGUUUUGAUUUCCCUCCAUUCCGAACACUGUUUGGUUGAAGUUACAGUUACUGAAUAUGUCAUCCCUGUGGAUCAGGCUGGUUCCCCCCGCCUCAGGUUACGGCCAUAACAGCCCUAAUUUAACACAGGAGCCAGUUAGCUUCCCAGGACUCGUGCGGUUUUGUUACUUCUCUUGCAGGUUGUUCCCUCCUUCCUUUCAGAGCCCUCCCGGGGAUAGUAGUGAUGUGAACGGUGUCAGACGGCUGUCGGCAGGAUUAAAUGUGGCGCGCUCCACACAGUGCCUGGCACAUGGCAGGGGUCGAAGACUGGUGGUUAUUAUCAGCACUGUCCCAGUUGUCAUCGUCAGUGCCGUGACCAUCAGCAUGGGCCUGUGCUCUCAGUCCUGCGGUCCUACAGUGAGAACUCUUCUGAGUGGACAUUCUGGGCUUAUGCUUAAAAAUUCCAUGGGAUUCCGCAGGUUUGCAGUAAGCAUUGGCUACUGGCAUGAUCCUUACAUCCAGCAUUUGGUAAGACUGUCUAAGGAGAGGAAGGCCCCCGAAAUUAACAGAGGAUAUUUUGCUCGCGUCCAUGGCGUCAGUCAGCUUAUAAAGGCAUUUCUACAGAAGACAGAAUGUCACUGUCAGAUUCUAAAUCUUGGGGCUGGGAUGGAUACCAUCUUCUGGAGACUAAAGGAUGAAGAUCUUCUCCCAAGUAAAUAUUUUGAAGUGGACUUUCCCAUGAUAGUCACGAGAAAGCUGCACAGCAUCAAACACAAGCCUUUCUUAUUACAACCCAUUAUAGAAUUACAUUCAGAGGACACACUGCAAAUUGAUGGACACCUGUUGGAUUCAAAGAGAUAUGCCAUUAUUGGAGCAGAUCUCCGAGAUUUACCUGAACUCGAAGAGAAGCUAAAGAAAUGUAACAUGAAUCCACAAUUGCCAACACUGCUGAUAACGGAAUGUGUGCUGGUUUACAUGACUCCGGAGCAGUCGGCCAACCUUCUCAAGUGGGCAGCUAACAGUUUUGAGACAGCUAUGUUCAUAAACUACGAACAGGUGAACAUGGACGACCGGUUCGGACAGAUCAUGAUCGAAAACCUGCGGAGGCGACAGUGUGACCUGGCGGGAGUGGAGACCUGCAAGUCGUUAGAGUCACAGAAAGAACGGCUCCUGUCGAAUGGGUGGGAAACAGCAUCAGCCGUCAACAUGAUGGAAGUCUACAGCAGAUUGCCUCAAGCUGAAGCGAGCAGAAUAGAGUCACUUGAAUUCCUGGAUGAAAUGGAGCUGCUUGAACAGCUCAUGAAACAUUACUGCCUUUGUUGGGCAAGCAAAGGAGGAAGUGAACUAGGUUUGAAGGAAAUCACUUACUAAUCUAUUGGAAGCCCAGGCCGAGCUGGGAGCUGCUGCCACCAACCUUCCCAGAGUGGACUGGCCACGUUUCCUGGGCGGUGGCCAGCCCUGGGCUCGUCCCACACCCUGACAGACCUCACUUCCCAGGGCUGUCGCACCACCUGCUGUGCCCGUUGGCUUACCGUUUAAAUAAAUCUCUGUUGCCAAUUGC